GCGCCUGGCGGCCAGGGACGGUGCGGAGAUCCGCUGGUGGCACGCAGCGAACAGCCGGCGCCGGGCCCGGGAGGCCGCCCGCAGCACAGUUCACAUGGUAGAAGCGGAUGUCCUCCUCCGUGGUGGCAGGGGAGGAGAUGGAGACCCAAUCAUGGCUCACCCCCCUGAAACAGACAGCGACAUUACACUGCAGGAGUGGCUGGAGGAGAUGGUCAGCACAGAUAAGGGCAUUAAGCUGGAUUUUAAGAGCCUUGAUGCCGUACGGCCCUCCUUGGAGCUGCUCCAGCUUGUGAAGCCGUGUUUGGAUAGACCUGUUUGGCUCAAUGCAGAUGUCCUCCCGGGACCCAAUGGGAUCAGUGCUGUUGUGGAUGCAAAGGGAUUCCUUGAUACUGUCACCUCGUUUUUCCCAGAUGUAACCUUAUCAUUGGGAUGGACGACUGGCUGGCACCCUGAACGGCACAAUGAAGUUAUUUCCCUCAUCCUGAGGAAUUUCCUGGAACAAAUUGCCCGAGCCCUGUUUCAGGCAGUCUGCUCCCCAAGUCCCACCAGGAGAAGUUUGCUAACUGGAGCUCUGGAACAUUUUCUGAAGAAAAUUUACAGCAGUGCUAUUUAAGGAUGUACUGUAAGACUCAAGAGAAACUGAUUGCAAAUGUGAGUUACUGUUUGCCCAGCAAAACCUUAAUUUUAAAUUUGGUGCAUUUUUAGGCUGAAAAGUAGUAGUGACAGAAAAGUCCCUACAUUGCCUGUGAGUAAUUGAGAAAAACGUGAUUAACUAUUGUUACUGAAGUACAGCAAAACAGCACUCUGAACUACCUCCAGCACUCAUAAAAACCUCAGCAACAGGCACUCUGUUUCAGAUUGCUUGUUUUUAGCAUUUUUUUUUAAGUACAAAUCAUUUUGUGUGCUACAUUUCUACACAACUUUGUCUUCUACUGCAUUAAUUCAGAUUAUUUCCUCUUUUUUUUUUUUUUUCCAAAAUGUUUUUGGUUUUAAAGAGCCACAGUCAAGUUAAAGCUAGCAUGUAUUGAUGUCAUAGGCAAAACUUCUUGGAGAGCAAAAAUACAAUUCUGUGGGUGUUAAAAAAUGUUGUAUUCUGCAGCUAUGUACGAAAAAACACAGCAAUUUGUGAAAAUAAAAUUAUUUUUCUUUUUUUUUUUC